GGAAAGUCACUGCCGGUUCAACAGGUGCUGCGAACCAUUGUGACCAAAGGCAUCUUUUUCUUCGGCGCUCAAUCAUGGACAAAUGCCUGCGCAGUACAUGCCCAGCUCUGUGGCAGAGGUUCUACGGAGACAAAAAGACAAAGGUGGAAGGCAAGAGUGCAUCAAUCCUGGAACCGCCAACGCCACCACAGCAAGGACAACCAGCCGACAAUGAUGAGCACGGAAGCACGUAUGAGGCGAUGUGGGACUUUCAGGGCCGGAACUCAAAUGAGUUGACGUUUCAGACAGGAGACCUGUUCAAGGUCCAGAGCCGCAGCGGCGACUGGUGGACUGUGUCUCGGCUGGACCAAAGCGGAAGCAUGCUUGACGGUGGCAUCGUGCCCGGAAACUACCUGAAGAAAACUGAGACGAGUAUGCAGAUGGAACCAUGGAACUUCGGGACCAUGAACCGUUCAGACGCCCAAAGUCUUCUGAUGGCACCUGGAAAUAAACCAGGAGCAUUCCUCAUCCGAUCCAGUGAGAACCAUGUCGGAUAUGUCCUCUCAGUUCGGUCCAGCUGUCGGGUGAAACACUUCAAGAUCGUCCAAACGUCCGACGGUCUCUUCGACUUGGAUGGCAUGCAGCAGUUUCCGUCGCUGAGCCUCCUAGUCGCGCACUAUUGCAACAACCGCCUCCGUCUCAGCAAUGAGGACACACUCGGCGAACCCUGCAGGCCGAGAGAACCCUUGUCAGAACUCCAAUUCCCAGAGGAUGAGUGGGAGUUACCCAAGGAGGAGUUCACUUUGGAGGAAAAGUUGGGAAGCGGCUACUUUGCGGACGUCUACCGAGGAUGUUGGAAGUCAUGCAUUCGUGUGGCCAUUAAGAUCAUCAAGAAUGACUCGGAGAAGAACCACUCGGAGUUCCAGACGGAGGUGCAGAUCCUCAAGCGCCUGCGCCACCGUCACCUCAUCUCGCUGUUUGCCGUCUGUACCGCCUCCUCGCCAUAUUACAUCAUAACCGAGCUGAUGGAGAAAGGAAGUUUGCUCAACCUACUCAGAAGUCCCGAGGGCCAACAGCAGGAUAUGACGUCACUCUCUGACAUGGCUGGCCAGGUGGCUGAUGGGAUGUCGUACCUGGAGGAUCACAAUUUUGUCCACAGAGACUUGGCGGCCCGGAACGUCCUGGUGGGAGAAGACUACAUCUGCAAGGUGGCCGAUUUUGGACUGACCCAAGUCAUCAAGGAGCCCAUCUAUUUUGCGUACCAGAAAGCCAUCCCGCACAAAUGGAGCGCGCCGGAAGCCAUCAGCCAGAGGAAGUUCUCGGUCAAGUCAGACGUGUGGUCCUUUGGCGUCUUGCUCUAUGAGAUGGUCACCUAUGGAGGUGUGCCCUACCCAGGUCUGAGCGGGCCGGAAGCGGACAAGUUAGUCAGUGCGGGCUACAGGAUGCCGUCGCCUCCGGCUUGUCCGCCGUUCCUCUACGAAACCAUGAGCAAAUGUUGGAAUGCCGAUCCUGACCUCCGGCCCAACUUCUGGGAGCUAAAGGAUCAAAUGUACAGUAUCUACGAUGGGACCAUUUUGGCACAUAUAGACAAAACCGCACCUACAACACCAUCGACGGACAACUAAGACGCUUGGGUUUGCGGAAGUGUUGACUUGCCAAUCUGGAGUAACAAUAUUUUGACUGGAAAAUAGGUACUCGCAAAUAUGUUAGAAUAUGCUCAACAAAUACGUGUGGACGUACUUGCAAAUACAUUCAAACAUACUCACAAAUAUGUUUAAACAUACUUGUGGGCUAAAUGCUACAAAUGUAAUAUUUCCUAAAAUGCCCUGAGGUAUUGACUUGCGAAUGCCA